AUGGACGGCGAUGACCCACUGGUCCAGGCUUUGCCGCCAGCAACGGACUAUCUUACCUAUCUUACCCUGCUCGAAUACCAGCUGACCCCCCAACGCUUACCCCUCUUGCACCGUCUACUACAAGAUGAGAAGCUCACCACCAACAUCGGCUGGGACCUGGUGAAGCUGCUCCUGCCCAUGCUUCCUGCUUCGACGGAGUGUCUACAAGAUGUAUCUCGCCUAGGAAACCCACGAGAAGUCAUUCUACGCGUGUGCGAGGCUCUGGAAAAAUUGCAGCCGGAGGAUAACGAUGACGAUGAGGACGAGGAGGAAGAAGCCAACGAGGCCGGCAAGCCGCUGCCAAAACACAUCUUGCAAUUCAACUGUCUACUGUCUAUGCUCUCAACCCUGCAUACCCGCCUCCAGGCAAAACGACCUAGUCAAUUUAUCGCGACCUCACUCAAAGCCGCCCUCGAAGCGUACGAGACAAUGACCUGCGACGAGACCACCCUAGCCCUGCUCGAAUUCUUCCGCGAUUUGUCUCCCAACAAGCGGCCAGCACCACCACCCCGUGCGCCCAGCGAGUCCAGCGUUCUCCGGGUUUUGGAGGCAUCUGCGCCUGACCCAGAGGCUGAAGUGCAGUCACCGUCGCUAGCCAAGGAUAAUGAGACACAACUGGUUGGCAAGCUCAUUCAAUUCGGUCUGCUCGAGAUGCUCAAGCUGUAUCUUUUGAGCUUUUCCAGUCCGAUCGACCCGGGUAUGGCAUGGACGGUUCGGAUGCAGGAGAAAUUGCAUCCUAAUCUGCGGCUGCCGGCGCAGUCGCAGACAGACGCAUAUGCUAGCAUCAAGGAGCUGAGGGAGCGCGAUAUGAUCAUGGGGAAGAUUGUGGCCCUUUCACGUGACGUGGGUAUCGACAGCAACGAUCUUCUCUCCAUUAUUUCCCGAUCACCCGCAAACCAGGCUCUUCAAUUGGACUUUGAUGAGCUUCCUGAGACAGUAGAUCAGAUUCACCUCGAGCGGCACGGUUCUCUGCUACUUUUCGCAGCUCGAGCUGCUGGGGCCGUACUCUUCGCAUCUUCGGCGCACCCCACCCCUUCAUUGCCGGUCUUCCCAGACCUUGCCAAGAUCUUUACCCACUUCCUUGGGAGUAGUGACAACUUGGAAGAAGUCGCCUUUGGGCAGCCACAUGCACUUUUGGACUCACUGCUGGCAUUGACUGUUCAUGCAACACAGUCACCCAUCGCUGCACCCUCUAGCGACGCCGAGUUUAAGGACUUUGUAAUUACCCUGACCGCAUGCACAGCGCGGCAGACUCACGGCAUCGUUCGACAGAUCCCAGCUAGCGUUGUGCACAGCCAUCCAUCUCCCACCACCCGGUUCAAGGUCAUUCGUCAUAUUUUGGAGAAUGAUCGUCUUCUAUCAGUUCGCGAUAGUUCCAUUUCCUGGCUCAAAGACGAGAUCAUCGGCACCAAGCCAUCUGACUCGCCAGAGGACGUCUUCCACGAUCACCUCUGGUUCUGGUCUAUCUUCCCGCUACUCCUGCGGCCCGUUGACGUCGAUGCCUCCUCUAAGAAUCUCGUGGUGAGCUGGACUCGCCUUACACAAACCGAAGGCCCAUCUCUACAUUCCGCAUUGAACCUGUAUUUCCUUAUCCUAUCGUCCAAUGACCUUCGCGAUCGUCUGCAUCUUGAAAAGACAGUCAAGUACUUCCGCAGCAAGGUACUUGGCCCCCUUCGACAACUUUUCCGUGCUUUCGAAGGUGAUCUCGCCGCCAAGGGCGGUGAUGGCCUCAUUGAAGCCGCUGUUGGAGAGGAAAUGUGCCAGGCUGGUAUUGCCCGCUCUGUGGGGCUGAUUGGACUCACUCUGGACCAGAUUGAGGAGGUGAUCAACGAGCACUUUGGGACUGAUGAUGCGGAUCUGAAGGAGUACUCGAGUGAGGAGGAUUCUCUGGUUGCGGAGAUUCGGGAGAAGACUGAAGGGCUUGGUUUGAAUUAG